UUCGUUGCAAGCAUGGUAGAGCCGUUCUCACUUGCGGUCAACGUUAUACAGAUCAUAUCCGCGUGCGCUUCCACCAUCAAAGCCAUCGACCAUCUCAUCCAGCAGUAUGCGGACGCUUCGACGAAGCUGAAGUCCUUAUCUGCGAAAGCCAGCCUGGUCAAGGUAACGCUGAAUGAACUCAGCAAAGCCCUCACGGGUCAAGACUCGUUCUUCGCGAAAAAGAUCGAGGACGAUGCGGAGCUCAAGGGCGCCAUCGACCAGACCUUGACGGGAUGCUGGACCGUGUUUCUCCUUCUCCAGAAGGAGCUUGGGAAGUGGAUGCCAGACAAAGCAAAGGACGCCAACUUCAAACAAAGAGCAGGUCUGCUGUUCAACGACGAGAUCAUCCAGGACUAUCGAAGCCAAAUAGAGGGCCAUGUAGAAGGGCUGAAGACAGUCUUGGUGUGCCUUCAAGCAAAAACGGUGGCGGAGACUCACUCCACCCUCCAACAUGCCAAUGCGACCCUUGAGAAAAUAGCGAAUGCCACUCUCCAGAUCCGCGAGGAGCACAAGGAAAUGUGCUUCCCGGAGUCCGUGUACGAAGGCUACACGACAUUUGAACAGGACAAGGAAUUCGAUGGUGCGCUGCUCAACAGUUCGGCGUACAGGGCGGCCUUCCAGACGGCGCGUAAGAACAGUUAUCUGAGCGUUGGCGAGGUCUCUCCGGGUGCGACGUCCUCGCUGUCAUCGAUGGCUCGACGCCAGGCUCAGAUGGACUUUCUGUCAGACCAAGUGCCCGAACAGCAGACCUGCGCGUCGGCAGAGGUGCAUGGCCCACAUGAUCUGCUCAGCGCAGAAGCAAUCGGUGAUCUCAUAAGUUUCGGUGACGAUGACGACGAGUGGGAGGCUCAGCCGUCUACACCGUCAAACAGCGGGUUCAAGGACUUGGUUGGUCUUACUUGGGACACGAAAUCGACGAAUUCACAUCUUCUUGACUCAAAGGAAUCAUUUUUGAUAGCUGAUGGUCAAACCGAAACGUCCUCUUCUCGAACGGGUGGACCUUCAGCUUCGCGGGCAGCAUAUACAGCUCAUCCGGCAUCCCAUUUAGACUCUCUACUUGACGAACUGUUGAGCGACUCAACUGUUCAAAGCAAGAAGAUUUCGCAUGACAAACUUGGAGGUAGGAGAGACUCCGGCCAAGCGGAGGUUGAUCAAGUUUCUAGCAUCCAAAGUGAAUCGGCCUUUCGAACCGUUCCCGUCAUUGCGUCACACGCCGAGGGGGAGGUUGUCGAGUCCCCGCACGAAGGUCUGAUUUCGGAUCCAAAACGUGUUGAAGAAAAGAUCCCCGUACUGGUCGAUGGCGUUGCAGAAAGGCCGGAAUCGUCUGCUUCCAGCGCUACUAACUGCGCAACCGUCUCGAGCCCAAUCACCGGGUCGACCUUGAACUCACCUACCUUUAGCCAAUCCAUCCCAUCGCCAAUGUCCCCAGACCUGUCAGUUCGUCUAAUACCAGUGGAUCAUCGCUUCAAUAAUCUACCAGACUACGUCCCUGAAGGGGAUGAGCGUACACGUGAGCGUCUACUUGACGCUAUGCUGCUAUGCGCUCAGUCUCAGGAUGCUGAAGAACAGCUCGCUUGGGCCGAAGACAGCCUGCGGUAUUUGGCCGUGCAAGAUUCUCACGAGAAACGCAUAGCGGCAUUGCAGGUUAAGAGGACGGAAGCCGAAAUUUCAGAAUCCAGUGGGGAUACUUUGCUGCGUUUGGAGGCUUCCCGCAUGGUUGACGACUUGAGGCGCAUGGAGUUUGGCAAAGCUUACUUUCUAACUGCCAGGUACCUGACUGAUGGGGAGGAGCGCGAGCAUAUGUUCCUUCUAGCCUUGAGUAAAGGCUAUUAUCGGUCGCAGUAUUACCUGGGGCAGCUAUCGGAGCAGCGAGGUGUAUUGGGUGAUGCUUUGAUGAGAUAUCGAGCUGGAGGCGCUCAUAACGAUGCCGCCUGUCUACAUAGGUUAGCAGAAGCGCAUUUCGACGGUCUGCUGGGCAUCAAGAAGAACAAGGAAGAAGGUCUUCGCAUUCUCAAAUCUGCUGUCGCUACAUCUGAUAAGGACUAUCCAAACGCGUUGCACCACCUGGCCACGCUUUACCUGGAGCCUUCAGGCUCGAAGUUGAAGGGCUUGAACACCAAGAGUUUGGUCCAGCUCAAUGUUAUUGAAGCGAUGAAUUUGUUGCGCAAAGCAGCACUUCUAGGUUAUGGGCCUAGCCAACUUCGUCUCGGCCAAGUCCAUCGUUGCGGCUACUUUGAUCCUAAGGAAGCCAGAAAGGCCGAAAAGGCAUCCACUAAAAUCUCACGAUCGGGUAGUAGAUGGGGUAGACGGCGCUCAUCAAUGUCCACGACAUCAUCGGGGGGAGCAUGCGAUGCUCCUAUCGAUCCCAUUCUUGCAAUGCACUACUUGCACCUCGCUGCCCGCCGGGGACUACCUCAAGCUGACUACGAGAUCGCGCACGAUCUGCUCUGGAACAGUGGAAAACUGACAAGACAACAAGAGAAACUCGCUUACACGCACACGGUGCGAGCCCUACUGGGCGGUGUACACCUCGCGAACGGCUUGAUGGGAAAGCUCUUAGAAGAAGGUAUUGGCUGCAGGAAAGACGAGGUCGAGGCUGAAAAAUAUUACUUCAAGAGCAGCACGAAGGGGGACGACUGGGCGCGCGCGAGAUCCGAGGCACUGCGGAACCGAGGCGUAGGCAUUGACGGUGGAGUCCAUGGAUACAGUCGACCGUACAAGUAAACCGCUUCUGUGGGGUUUGUGAGACUCUUCCCCAUCUUCACGCAAAUGCUCUGACGUAUCUUGGGUCUUUCAGUACAAUGAAGCGCAAUGAUCGGGGCUUUUGGCCGCGGAAAAUGCAGGGGUGCAGGUAGCUGCGGACGUCGCCGUGCGAGGUAGCCAGACGAAGAUCUUCGUUCACACAAACACUUCGGCCUUGUGCAAAAACUUUGUCAAUGGUAACUCGGGGGAAAUUAACAAAGCCGCAAGCGCAUAUGGGCUUACGAGCAGCCUGACAAAGCUAUGGUGCGACAAAGAACCAACGCAGCUUGAGGCAUUGCGGCUGCUGUUGGAGAGUUGAUCUUCUGGGAGGCAGGCCUCGAGAUGUUCUAGGCAACAUGCAAAUACGCGUGACUUCAAGCACGACUUUGAAAGUUGCAAGUUAGCUUCGUGAGAUGCUAUAUGAAGUAUACUAAACUGUUGUAAUCAUAAAGUUGGCCUCAACCGUCAGGAGGACAAACGAAGCGGCGGUGUCGAGGCCAACAGUCGAAAGUGUCGUCGCCCAAUCAGGCUUGCUACACUAGACGUGCAAGAUAUGAUGCCGAGCGU